AUGGCACAUAAUUCUCAUAUCAGCGCUCGAGAUGUCAUUGCUGAGAUCAAAGGCCAAUCGCUUGUGCUGCCUGACUUGUGGCAGUACAUGCCUGAAGAACACUGGCCAGUGGAUCUGAACCCAGAUAUCCAACGCCUCCGCAAGCAUAUUAGAGAACGAUUCCAGUGGAUGAUUGAGCGCAUCCCAAGUAAGCGGCGAGGACUUCGUAAAGUCGAAGCGCAAGAUCUGGGUCGCUUCGGCGCAGGAUGGUGGCCGUAUGCAGAUUUUGAGCGCAUGGAGACAUGUACUGAUCUAUGCGCAUGGCUAUUUAUCUGGGAUGAUGAGAUUGAUGAAGCAGAAGGAGAGUUCAACUCUGAUUACGAGCACGCCCAGAAAUGUCGCGACGACAUCAUACAUUUCGUACGUGAGUUGUUAGACCUGCCACCAUACAGGAAGGUCAACACGUCCUUUCGACCGAUUUUAGAGACAUCUCGGGAUGUUUGGCAAAGACUCCGUAAGGACAUGACGCUGCACGAACGACACAACCUUGCCAAGGAGAUUCGUAUUUAUUUGGAAAUGGUCGGAUAUGAGCAAGGUCUGCGUGUCGAUCAGUCUUUACCGACUCUCGAAGAGUAUUGGCGUUUGAGGAUGGCUACCAGCGCUGUAAAGAUUACCACAGCGGCACUACUGUUAGUCUAA